AUGACUGAUCGCCUCUCCAACACCGCCAACCAAUACAUCGGUGCCGCCAAGCAAACCAUCGGCCAGACAUUGGGCUACCCCGACAUCGCCGCUGACGGCGCCCGCCAGAAAUCCGAAGCCGAGACCGCUCAAAAAGUCGCCGACGCCAAGGCCGAAGCCGAACGACUCAAACACACUGCCGAAAACAACGCCAACUCGGUUGUCGGAGGCGCCAAGCAGGCCAUCGGUCAGACUCUCGGCUUGUCAGGUCUAGCUGCAGAGGGAGCUGCUCAAAAGUCGAGUGCUGACACCCAACAGAACGUUGAAGAUGCUAGGACUCAGGCCCGUGGAACUGAACAUGAACUCGAAGGCAAGGUCAAGCAGAUGGUCGGCGACUUGACGAACGACCAUUCCACGAAGGUUGAUGGUGCCACCACCGAAACUCAAGGAACCCUCGAGCGCAAAGUCUAA